UCCGCAUGAAUGCAUGAUCCUCACCCUUCCCUCAUGCGGUUGAUAGGUUUUGGAUCAAACGGCUUCUUCUGCUUUGGACAGAGUCAGCUGGGAUGACGUCAUCAAAAUGGGUGAUGAAGUUCAAAAACAAGCUACCACAGUUGGGAUGCUGUGGACUGGAGAAAAACCAGGGGCAAAAGCAAUUGAGGAGAAUAUGACAACAUACUUCAACACGCUUCAAGGUUUUCUGUUGCUCUCCCAUGCCAGUACUGUUGGUGCAGGGCCUACACUGUCUUCCAGUGUUCAUGCAUCUGUGAAGCAGGUUGUUGAUUCCAGCUUCAGGUUGAUGAAGGACACUGUCUCUUCAUAUGGAUCUCAUUCUAAAGACCAGAAACUAUCAGUUCCUCAAUUGGUUGGUGCCGUGUGGGAAGCAUGUGACGCCCUUAAAAAGACUCCGGCAACAAAUAUUACAGCAAUUGGGCGCGCAAUGACGCAGGUAGCAGUUUCAGUGAAGGACGUUCUUCGCGAGAUGAAAGAACUAAAGCCAGACUCAUCUGCUGUUUCAGACAACACAGCAGUAGGUGAGAGUUGUGCAGAAGCAACAGAGGAUGAACCGCAUGAUGAUAAUUUGAGCGAAGGUGAUCUGGGGAAUGAUUUGUCACCCGAAGAGAUGAAAGUGGCUGAGAAAGCAAUUGUGGUUGUAUCUGAUACGCUUUCAGUCAUAAAAGAACUUAUUCGCUCCAUCACAGGGUUGCUUAAACUGGAGAAACCAAAUGACAGUGGCAGUUUUGUGGAUUCAUUGGAGAAAUUGUUGAAGCAGUGUCAAGAACUUGGUCGGCAGAUUGAUGACAUUGGAGCUUGCCUCUAUCCGCCACAAGAGAUAUCUGCUAUAAAGGCAGCCACGAAUGAAAUCAGCUGCAUCAUUGAGGUUUUGCAAGCAGAGUUAGGAGGGCUUAAAGGUUCAUCAGAUGCAUUUGUGGAGGUAUGCAAUGCUUUGAAGAGUUCAUUGACACAGCUUGCCUCCGAAAUAAGUAGUUCUAGUACUGCUGAUAUAGAAGCCAAAAUCGAAAAUAUUACAUUAAGCAAUUAGUAGAGCUGAUGUGUGUCCCGCUGCUUUUUCUUUUUUAGAGGUCUUUUUGGGGAGGGUGGGGAACAUAUUUAUGUGCCACAAUUUGAUUAUAAAUGACACUUUUGUGAGGUAUAUAUAUACUUCUGUUGCUUGUCAA